CACAACUCUGUGAAAGUGAACACCGCAUUCAAUGGCGUAUUUGUAACGGGCGACAAACGCGCCAAUAAAAGUAUUACCACGAAAAACAGUGAUCUCUUUAGAACAUCAGACUUGGAUGAGUGGUACGAGCGGUGCGUUAUCGAGCCCACGUUAGCAUCGCUCGAGGAAUUCCAAGAACGCGAUAGUGGGUGGGCGUUGUCGCGUAUACAGAAUUUGACUGUAAAUGUGAAUAAGUACAAUUCUAUGCGCGCGGGAUGUCACGUGAUAUUACCGCAGGAAAUAAUAACAAAGCGUGCGGUUGUUAACGUGAAAUCGAUGGACAAUGCUUGCUUCGCAUGGUCUGUGAUAGCCGCUCUAUAUCCCGCAGAAAGAAAUUCAGAAAGGGAGUCAUCGUACCCUCAUUAUACAAACGUUCUGAAUUUCGAUGACAUUGAGUUUCCAAUCGCGUUAAAAGACAUUAAAAAAUUCGAGAGACUAAAUAAUAUUUCGGUCAACGUCUUCGAGAUCCAAAAGGAUCAAACUGAAACCUAUAAAAUUCUCCCGCUAAGACUCUCCAACGACAAGAAGGAGAAGCAUGUUAAUCUGCUAUACGUGCAAGAUCCACGCGAAGACAACGUGGGGCACUUUGCAUGCAUCAAGGAUCUGUCUCGUCUAGUGAGCUCACAACUCAGUAAAAAGGAACACAAAAAAUAUAUUUGUGACCGAUGUUUACAUUACUUUAGUUCUGUGGAAAAGUUGGAUGUCCACAGCGUAGAUUGCCAGAAAAUGAACGACUGCGCCAUCCAAUUACCUACUGAAGACGAGAAAUGGCUGAGCUUCCGCAACAUCAACAAUAAGGAGCGCGUGCCGUUUGUCGUCUAUGCCGACCUGGAGUGUACAUUGGAGAAGAUGGAAAAGGAGGAUAUGGAAAUAUCGUACCAACAGCAUCAUCAUCAAGUAUUUAGCUUGGGAUAUUAUGUACAUUGUUCGUACGAUGACACAUUAUCGGGAUAUUGGUUUUAUCGCGAUAAGGAUUGUAUCGCAUGGUUCACUAAACAAUUAGAGAAAUUAGCGCAUCGCGUAAAAUCAAUUUUAUCUGCUAAGGUCCCCAUGGAAACUCUAUCGAAAGAGCAAUGGGAGGCAUAUCGUAACGCAAAGCAGUGUCAUAUUUGUGAUAAGCCGUUCGCACCGGAUGAUACACGAGUGCGAGAUCAUUGCUAUCUCACCGGUCGUUAUCGCGGUCCCGCGCAUUCGCUUUGUAACUUGUGUUAUCAAAAUGUGUUGUACAUACCAGUAAUUUUCCAUAAUUUAUCCGGAUACGAUUCACACUUCAUUAUUAGAGAAAUAGCCACAACAUUCAAAGGGAAUAUCGAUGUGCUUCCCGUUACAAAAGAAAAAUAUAUUUCUUUUACGAAGCAUGUCAUAGGUACCGCCGAUGAAUUAGACCCAAACAAUCACAUAAAAUUACGAUUCAUAGAAACGCGUUUGCCAUCGCGCGAAUUAUUCUUUAGUUCGUUGACGGGCGAUACCGUGUCCGAGAGUGAUUACGCGCACGCCAAGAACGUAUGGGAUCGAUUCUCUAUUCGAACGCUGGGCGAAUACAGCGAUCUGUAUUUGAAAACAGAUGUAUUGUUGUUAGCCGACGUUUUUGAAAAUUUUCGUGACAAAUGUGUCGAAAGUUAUGGUCUCGACCCCGCACAUUACUAUACAUUACCGGGAUUCACGUGGGACGCUAUGCUUAAAUAUACACGCGUCAAUUUCGAGUUGCUCACCGACAUCGAUAUGGUAAUGUUUAUUGAGCGCGGUAUACGCGGAGGUCUGAGUCAAUGUUCCGGCAGAUACGCGCAGGCUAACAACAAGUACAUGCAGACGUACGACCCAUCGAAACCAUCGUCGUACCUCAUGUAUUUCGAUGUAAAUAAUUUGUACGGAUGGGCAAUGUGUCAGCCGCUGCCCUAUGGAGAAUUUCAAUGGGUCGAAGACGUCUCAAAUUUUGACGUAAAUGCGAUCGCUGUUGAUUCGCCCACAGGGUACAUUCUCGAAGUCGAUCUGGAGUAUCCGCAACAUCUGCACGAUCGACAUACUGACCUACCGUUCUGCCCGACGCGCGAUAAGCCGCCUAGCAAGCGAGAACGUAAACUUUUAGCGACCUUGCACGAUAAGAAGCGGUACGUCAUUCAUUAUCGCAACUUGCAGCAAUGCACUCGUCAUGGUCUCCGCAUAACACAGAUACAUCGUGUAUUACAAUUCGUUCAAUCCACCUGGCUUCGCGAUUAUAUCGAGUUAAACACACAAUUUCGUACCCUCGCGAAAAACGAUUUCGAGAAAAAUUUAUAUAAAUUGAUGAAUAACGCCGUAUUCGGAAAAACUAUGGAAAAUGUGCGCAAUCACGUAGAUGUAAAACUUUUGACAAAAUGGACAGGACGAUACGGUGCGGAGGCAAUGAUUGCUAAACCAAAUUUCCACAGUCGCAGUGUUUUUGCAGAAAAUUUAAUUGCAGUCGAACUCCGAAAACUUGAAGUGAAAUUCAACAAGCCGAUUUAUGUAGGUAUGUGUAUACUAGACAUAUCGAAAAUUUGCUUGUAUGAAUUUCACCACGAGUACAUGCUACCUUUGUACCAUGACAAAUCUAAAGUCAUGUACACAGAUACUGAUAGUCUCGUGUAUCACAUCGAGUGCGACGACGUAUAUGAAAAUAUAAGACGCGAUAUCACAAGGUUCGACACGAGCGAUUAUCCGACUGGUAACGCGUACGGUAUGCCUCUUGCGAACAAAAAAGUUCCCGGGCUAAUGAAGGACGAAAACAACGGUGCGAUAAUGACCGAGUUCGUUGGACUCAGGGCGAAAAUGUACGCGUUAAAGGUGGAUGGAAAAAAUGACACUAAAAAGGCAAAGGGUGUAAAGUGUAACGUUGUCGCAAGAACGAUAACAUUCGACGACUACAUGCGGUGUCUGCGAGAUGAGAUAGAGAUGACGCGUCAUCAGUCGUGUAUACGAUCUAAAUUGCAUGAGGUAUACACGAUACGUGAAACGAAAAUAGCUCUAAGUCCAUACGACGACAAGUGGUAUCUCGUACCUGAUUCGGUAAAGACGUUGCCGUGGGGACAUUAUCAAAUACCUUUAUAA